AUGUCCUCAACAAAUUUGCCAGCCUCCGCAAAUGGCUCGACCGACGUUUUACCCCCUCGAGCUGAACAUUCUGCCACUCCAGAACUCGACGUCAAGAAGCUUCAAUCCCUACCUUCAGAGCAGCAAGAUUUAUACCUUCUAAGAUUCGUUUCGACGCUUACGAAACAUGUCGAGAGCCUUGAACCAGAUGAUUGUACGGCGCAGCAGUUAUAUCUCAAAAGAGAGCUCUUCCAAAUCCUCAACCUCGCAGCCCCUCCACCGACUCGAGUAAUACGAAAUAAUCUUGGGAGAUGUUUCGCUCACGUCCUUGGAAAAGGGGAUCGAAAACUAUUGUUCGAGACCAUCAAUGACUUGGUGGGGAUCAUUAGCAGCGGAAAGACAAAAGCAGAUGGAGAUUUGCGAACCAAGCAUGGUGCGGUAUACUGCCUAGGAGAUGUCUUUGCGGCGGCAGGAGAUAGUGCUAUUGGGCUACAUGUUCUGGCUUGUUCAGCGACCUUGAAGCUCUUAAAAUAUGCACAGAAUAAUGCAGGUCUACGGGCAGCAGUUUUCAAGGCGUUGGGCAAGAUUGCCAAGAUGGUGGAGGGAAGUAUGGACGAACCUCUGGCCAGGGACAUUUGGAAGCAGGCAAGGAGCUACGCGUCGAGUGACAAGUCGGCUUUGGUACAAGUGGCGGCUUGUCAGUGUUUGAAGAUGCUAUGCAAGCACACCCCAUAUUUUGACAACCAAAGCGACUUUGAGAGUCUCAGGUCGACCAUCUGGAAGGCUAUUGACUCAUCUAGUCCGCUGGUACGGCAAGCAGCAGGGGAUUGCCUUGCCGGCGCUAUGGUCAAGAAUUACUCGGAAAGUCCUCCAGCUGAAAACGAUCUUCCAAAAAUAAAGAAACUGAAACGGUCGAAUACCAAACGCCAAUCGAUGAUGGUAGGCGGGGAUGAUGAGGAAAUCCAAAGACCUGAGAGUCCAGGGCCAAAGAAAAGUCAGAUCCUCGUGUUUACCCUUUCUGAUAUGUUAAGGCAGUUAUCGACGCUAUAUGUCAAAUCAUCUACCAGCAGCCGGGCAAGAGCUGGAAUAGCUGUAUGUUACAGCAGAAUCUUUAGAAGCCUGAGCGAACGAACGGUCGAGACGAUGUACAUGACGAUUGUAGAUCAUCUGACAAUCGAUGUCUUGAGCAAUGCGAAUAUCACCAACAACAGGUAUCGUCUCCUGACGACUCGACGAUUUGUCCAAAUCAUCUUGGAAGAUGUUAUUGGGCACAAGAUCCUAGGCGAAGCGGGCCAAAUAGAUGCUGCAAAAGCACUGAUUAAUGAUGUUCUGAAAAACUUUCCUCAAGUCAUCAAGGAACGUGCUGAACCGCCGAAACAUGCUCUCAUCGCGGUUCUGAGUGCUUUAGCACCUUUGAUGAGGACUCUUGGCUCUGCUUCGAAUGUCUUCGCCGAUUCUUGCCGUGAUGGAUUAUUGCAGGUCCUCCAGCAUCCGAGUUAUACUGUUCAAAUAUAUACGUCGUACUGCCUCCGUACAUUGGCGCUGGCAUGUCCCCAGCAACUCUUGCCUUGUUUGACUAUUUGCAUGAAUAGCGUCAACAGGGAGUUGAACCUAUUGUCAUCGGGACGAAAUUCUCCCAGGCGAUGUAUCGGUUAUGCGAAUGGUCUUUCUGCCAUGAUUAGCACGGCACCUCUGCAACCCCUAUACGGCUCCGUGGAUGUCAACAGUCGGGUUCUAUCACUUGCAACAGGCUUGUUGAAGUCUAGCAGCAAAUCAGAAUUACGAAUAUCCGGCACCCAGAUUCAAGUGGCGUGGAUCUUGAUAGGUGGGCUGAUGUCACUGGGGCCCAACUUUGUCAAGAUUCAUCUUUCCCAACUCUUGCUCUUGUGGAAAAAUGCCCUACCCAAGCCACUCGCGAAAGAUAACACUUCCCAAAGAAGUUAUCUUGAGUCGUCCUUUCUUACCCACGUUAGAGAAUGUGCUCUUGGCUCUAUAUUGGCAUUUCUCCAGUUUAAUAGCAGGCUGCUAACGGUGGAUGUGUCGAAACGUAUUGCUGCUAUGUUGCAAAACACGACAGCCUUCCUCAAAAGUUUGCCACCGAAGAAAACGACUGAAGAUAUUACUCAGCGACUUACGCCAUCUUUACAACUGCAUGACCUAGAUCUCAUGGUUCAACGACGAGUUCUUCAAUGUUAUACCAAGUUGGUUAAUCUCAGUCCCGCUGGUGGAAGUGAGGCACUACUUCAAUCAAACCUGCUUACUCUAGCGGUUUCCUUCUUUGCUGAUCCGGAUAAUUAUACACCGAGUUCAUUAAGCACCUCGAUUGCGAAUUCCGCCGGGGCAUUCGAGACAAUCUGGGAUGUAAGUGAUAAUUGUGGCUUCGGGGUCACUGGACUGGUCCGUGGCUUUAAGAUCAAGUCCCUCCCUGGUGAACAUGAAAACGACUCCCAGGAUGACUGGAUGGAGGAGAAUGGGCCUGAUGCUGCCAUAGCAAAAGUACUGCUCUCCCCUAUUUGCAGCUCAUUGGAACACGAUUCCUUGACGCUAUACUUAGGCAACUUCAACAGUUUUGAUACUCUUCCGGACCCACCUGCCACGGAGGUUGUUAACGUAGCUAUCCGCCUAUUUGCCAUUGCGUUUCCGCUUACUCCGCCAAAAAUCCAGGAGAGCAUCCUAGAGCAGGUCACUACCUUCAUGUCAGCUGGGUCACUACAGAGAGACUCGGGACGGAGAGCUGCUAUGAACAUCAAUGUCGCAACGGCACUGUUCUCUACCUUGAAGGUGGCUGUGAAGGAAACCCAGUCACCGGCUGGGGACGUUGGGAAUCCGGCGGUAGAGAAACUCAUGCAGGAGAUGAUUCGACCAUUCGUUGUUCACCACGACCAAUACCUCCGUAGUAUUGGAUACCAGGCACUCGCAAGACUAUGUAAUAGCUCUGGCAAUGGAUUUACGAACCAAGAGGUCAAGUACCUCAUUGAUACCAUUGUUGGCAACCGCGAGCCAUCUGCCCGAGCCGGAUGUGCCAUGGCAUUGGGGUGUAUACAUUCCAAAGUUGGCGGCAUGGCGGCCGGCUUUCAUCUCAAAACGAUUGUUGGUGUUCUAAUGUCCCUAAGCCAAGAUCCACAUCCUACAGUCCAUUUCUGGUCGCUGGAGGCUUUGACUCGGGUUGCUGAUUCGGCUGGGUUGACCUUCUCUGGAUAUGUGUCGAGUACACUGGGCGCAGCCGCUCAGCUCUAUGUUUCCGAUACACAUAAUGAUGAUAUUACAUCGGCUGCAUCGUCAAACUUGGAAUUGGAGCUACCAACGACUGCUGUUAUUGCAAGAUGCGUUGAUUCUAUGGUCAAUGUAUUGGGUCCUGAUCUACAGGAUAUGACAACAGCUCGGGAGUUGAUUUUAACGCUUGUGGGACAAUUCCAGGCUGAAGAAAAUCCUAUAGUCUUGGCUGGAAGUAUGAAAUGCCUAGAGCACCUCGCCCUAUACGCACCUGGCCACAUGGUAUUCGUUGAUUACGUUGUCAUGUUGCAGAGAUAUCUCAAUUGUGCAGACCCUGAAUUAAGAGAUAUCGCCAUUGAUGGGCUAUACAAUUUGAUGAAGCGUAACUCCGAGGAUGUCGUCAAAGUCGCCGAACCAGGCUUCGAGGACCAGUUAUGGCUUGCAUUGGACACCAACCCGAGUCACGAUGGGAUAAGAAAUGUCAUCCGAAACUGGUUGGAGCAAUCUUGCCUCUCUGAGACAACCCGAUGGUUGCAAAGGUGCCAGAGUGUGUUGACAAUGACGAGAACAAAGGCCGAGGAUGUCGUAGCAGCGUCGACGAAGGUUAGCGCAAUGCCCGAUUUGCAGGAUGAGGAGGUGGCGGGCUUUGCGGCAGCUGCUGGUGCUACUAAGGAUGAUGGAACCACAGCUACCGGUGCUGGUCAAGAACCCCUGAGAUGGCAAGUUCGUACGUUUGCAAUGAGCUGCCUUGGUGAAAUAUUUCUACUCGUCAGCAAAGCGGCACCACCAGAUGGUACAACACCGGCGGAGAUGGCACUACAGAAAAAGGUUGCUGAUGUCAUUCGAAUGGCAUUUUCGGCAUCAACUUCCAACGUUGUCGAACUGCGAGUCUGGGGCUUGAAGAUUAUCGACGCUGUUCUAAAGAUGUUUGGAAAGACUCCUGAUCCUGAUUUCGCCGAGGCGCCACUACUUGAACAGUACCAAGCACAAAUCAGUUCUGCCCUCACACCUGCUUUCGCAUCUGACUCGUCGCCGGAAUUAGCAUCCGAAGCGGUGAAUGUUUGUGCAGCUUUCAUUGCAACAGGAAUUGUUACGGAUGUGGAUCGAAUGGGCCGGAUAUUAAAGACCCUAGUAACUGCGCUUGAGAAUUUCUCUACCGAAUCUGAGGUGGCAGCCAUCGGGGAUCUCAGCGGCCUCAGCUCCAAUGCCCAAGUUAUGGUGAAGAUGGCCGUCUUCUCAGCAUGGGCAGAGCUCCAGGUUGCAAGCACAGAGCAACACUACUUAGUAGAUGUUCUGAAACCCUACGUUGGCACGCUCACGCCUCUAUGGCUUGCAUCCCUCAGGGAAUUUGCCCGCCUAAGAUUCGAGCCAGAUAUUUCGAUGAGUCUAGGCCCACCAUCCCUUUCAGGCAGUUUAGAUAGCAUUUACUCGGCGCUAAAUCGCGAGACUCUAUUGAGGUUCUAUCAAGAUUCCUGGCUUAACUUAGUCGAUGCCAUCGCCAGUCUCAUCGAGCAAGACAGCGAAUUUGUGUUUGAUGCCUUAGAUGGAAAGGAGACCGACGCGCCAACUACGAAUGGCCAUUCCAAAGGCAAUGACAUUAACUAUAGAGAUGAGCCGGUGGCUUUCUUUUUCGUCUUGUUCGGGAUCGCUUUUGAGGCGCUGGUGGCUCGACCUGGAAGUGAUGCACUUGCCUCAAAGGAGCAGACGCUAGAAAUCUUACAAGCUCUGAAAAAGAUAUUGCAUCCAAGUGUUUCUGGCCAUGCUAUUUAUCGAGAGGCCAUCUUCUCCGAAACGAUGGAUCUGCUGGACCGAUUGGUUCUCACCGAAGGGCUAGAUGUCCAGAGAGUCAUUGUGCAGAUUGCAAGAGGAUUGUGUAUAUCUCACCCAUCUGCCACCAAGGCAUCAGAUACCGAAGACGGCGAUCUGUCAGAAGACAUUGAGCAAUUGUUUGAGCUCACUCGUAUCAUCGUCCUAGUCCUCGCUGGUCUGCUUCCAAAUCUCAUUGAGGCUCGGCAGCCUGCUCGACACAAAAUGACGGAUGAUGCCGUCUCUCUCAUUCGCGUGUCGAUGAACGCUUUAGUUGAUGCCUCCGAAGUAUUCCCAUCAAUUAUCAAGACGGAUCUGCAUGCAUGUAUUAUCCACAUAUUUGCCACCAUUCUAGGCACGGCAAGCUGUCAAGCUGUGGUAGUACCUCAGUCGCUACCCAUACUUAAGCGCUUUAUUACCAGUAUAUCGGCCUCACGCAAGACGAAACGAGAAGACCAAGACACGAACCUGACACAGAUCCAAGGAUGCCUCAAACGCUUUUUGUCUAUCUAUCUAAAUGCUCAAAAACGAGAAACAGAGGCCUCACUCCCAUGCGUCAAGAAUACUCUUCUAGCAUGUACAGUUCUUCUCACCAGCGGCAAGAACUACAUGUCUGCCAGCGAGCCACUCGUGGUCCGCUUCCUUGAGGAGGUUAUUGACUGCCUCAGCGAUAUCAUGACCGCGAAAAUAGCAGCUAACUGCAUUCGUACCCUCCUCCUCCACUCACCUAAAACUCCAGCCGAUCAAAGUAUCGCCCGCUAUCUGCUUCCUCGCCUCAUCACCUUUGCUACCAAUACAGAAAACGAAGAUCCCGAAAAUGCCCGGGCACUUGUCUCCCAUGCUCUCACGGCUUUUGUGUCCACCUUAAGCGGGCCUGCAAAGGGCGUAGCGAUCUCCCUCAUCAUGCCAACGAUUCUAUCACGCGCGAACAGCGAGGGCGAAACCGUUUACAAGGAAACGAGCGCGAGACUACUUGAAUUAGCAGCCAGUGAUCAAGUGGCAUUCAGGGGCGUUGUUGGUGGCAUGACGGAUGGACAGAAGCAGUUUAUGGAGAGUGUUAUUCUCGCAGGGAGAAAGGCUGGCCCUGGGAAAGUUGAUGUUGAAAGCGCGGAAGAUAAGGAGCCGACUAUUGCGCUGAGAAUGAAUUUUGGUGCUUGA